AUGUCCAUACCCAGAAACAAUAUGCUAUGGAGGAUAGAAAAAUGUUGUUGUGCUUUAGCUUCACUUUUCCCCAAAGUAUUAAGUAACGGACUUUAUCUAUGGGCAAUUUAUGCAUUUUGUUAUGAUUUAUGUUUACAAGAGAUUGGUGGGAUAAUUGGUCUUAUAUUAAGUGUAAUAGGGUUUUAUUUAGCAAUCCAGGGGAUUUAUUUAUAUUAUAGAGUUAUAAAAUUAGGUGCUGGAUCACCAUUAGAUUUUAAUGAAUUACAUAUAGAAUCAGAAUUUAAUAUUUUACAAGAUCAAAUUGAUCAAACACCACCAGAUUUUUUAAUUAAAAAUUCAUUAAUGAUUAAAUCAAAUGGGAAAUUUAGAUAUUGUGAUAAAUGUCAAGUUUGGAAACCUGAUAGAUGUCAUCAUUGUUCAAGUUGUAAUAAAUGUUGGCUUAAAAUGGAUCAUCAUUGUCCUUGGUUUGCAACUUGUAUUGGAUUUAAAAAUCAAAAAUCAUUUGUUCAAUUUUUAGUAAAUACUGUGAUAUUUGGUUGGUAUGCAUUAUUAAUCAGUGGGUUUAAAUUAUAUCAAUUUUUUUAUAAUGAAAAUUAUAAAGAAGAAUAUUUAAGUUUUAAUAUUGUGAUAUUAGCAGUCCUAGGGUUAACUAUAGGUAUUGCAGUUGGGUUAUUCACAGCUAUUACAAUUUAUUUCGUUUCACAAAAUUUAACCACAAUUGAAUAUUAUGAUUAUACAAGAUAUAGAAAUAAUUUAGAAAUUGCAAAUGAUAGUUAUUAUCAAUAUUCUAAAAAACCAAGUGCAAAAGAUUUAGGUAAUGCAUAUAACUUGGGUUCUAUCACCAAGAAUUUCCAAACAGUAUUAGGUGAAACUUGGUCAGAAUGGUUAUUACCAAUUGAUAAUAAAUCUACAGGUGAAAUUUUCUAUGAUAAAGGUUUAAUAUAUCCGGCAAACCCAAAGAUUAAAGAUGCAUUGGUUAGUAAUUCUAAAUUACAACAUCAAUUAUUAAGAGAAUUACAACAUUCUUCUUAUAAUCAUAGCCCUGUUGAUACUGAUAGACUUGUAUAG